GGUUUGGGGAAGGUUCACCCUCUACUCCGAGGGUGGUCUCAGAUGAUCCUUGUUUGUUAUAUAUAAACCGUGCGUGUUACCAGAAUCACUACCCCACCAGGGUGAACGUUUCAACUAAAGAAAUGUCACAUUAAAGCUUUAGCUUUGCUUCUUCUUUUUUUAACGUCCUCACUGCCCUGUGUGUAAAGACACAGGAGGAGAUAUCGCAUCUGAGCCAAAACGCCAAAACAAAUAAAUGACAUCUUGAAAUUGAGUGCCCUAGUUUCUACCCUUUUAACUGAUCUGCCAUUGUUCCCAUUGUUCCAGUGUUGAGAUGUAAAUUAUGGUGGGGAAUUGUGGCUUCAGAAGAAAUGUCUCCCCAUCAGCACUAUGACGGGGUUUGUAGGAUAAAACUAAAGGGUCUUUGUGAGCGGCGGCAGGUGCCCUCACACCUGCUGCUGCUGCAAGGCACCCCCCCCACAUACACGCACACGCCACCUGUCAGUGAAAGUCUUCCUCGGUGCACUGCACAGCAUGUGUUGCAGUGGGCUCGUGUCUGCAGAGUUUUCCUCGCAGUGUCGCAAACAGUGUCUCUGAAAGAAAAUCAAGUUUGGUUUUAAACCAACACCGUUAUUAACGGUUCAUUUUGUUGAACGUUUGCCGUAGUUUGAUCUCUGUAGCAACUAGAAAAUCGAAUUCACUUUGAUUUUUUAUUCUAGUAACGCCAAAUUCUCUUUAUUUGCUCCACUGCCUGUUUGAUGUAAAACUUUUCAUCUCGGGGCAUUUGUCACAUCACAGCAUUUUAAAUGUGCAGCAAAACAAAGGCCCACUUGUGUAACUGGUUCCUCAAAAUAAACUAGAGAGUGGCUCUCUUAACCUUGAUGCUUUAAUGCGACUCAGAUGCUGCUGCAAGCAACCGGGUGGCGAGCCUGUUCUCUCGUGGGUUUUUGUUCAGCCCCCUGACAACUGCUAAACGGCCGAGCCGUGCUGGACAGAGAACCCCAGCCCAGGGAAGGCGACAGCCAGGCUCACAGGGUCCGACCGGGGUCAAGUUAUACUGUGAGAAAUAAGAUUUUGACAUGAAGAAGGACAUAGACACAUUGAUAGCAGAGGAACGUGCUGAUAUCAUCUCUAAAUAUGACAAGGGUCGGCAGGAGGGUGUCAAAAUCAACCCCUGGGAGGAUGCUGACUACAGCAUCUUUAAGGUCACCGACCGCUUCGGCUUCCUGCAUGAAGAAGAACUGCCAACGCCCAGUGCGCUUGAAGAGAAGCAAAAGCAACAGGAGAUCGAGCGAGUGGAGAAAUGGCUGAAGAUGGUGAAGAACUGGGACAAGUACAGGAACAGUGAAAAGCUGGUGAAGCGUGUAUAUAAAGGCAUCCCCCUGCAGCUGAGAGGACAGGCGUGGGCCUUGCUUUUGGAUGUAGAGAAAGUCAAAAAGGAAAACCAGGGAAAAUAUGAGAAAAUGAAGCAGCAGGCUCGUGACUUCUCCACAGAGAUCAAGCAGAUAGACCUGGACGUGAACAGAACCUUCAGGAACCACAUUAUGUUCAUGGACCGCUUCGGAGUCAAGCAACAGGCCCUGUUUCACGUGCUAGCAGCCUACUCCGUCUACAACACGGAGGUGAGCUACUGCCAGGGGAUGAGUCAGAUUGCCGCCAUCUUGCUCAUGUACCUGAAUGAGGAGGAUGCGUUCUGGGCUCUGUCCCAGCUCCUCACCAACAGCAAGCAUGCCAUGCACGGCUUCUUCAUCCCUGGGUUUCCCAAGCUGCACCGUUUCCAGGCUCACCACGAGCGGAUCCUCUCCAAAAUGCUGCCUAAGCUGAAGAAGCACAUGGACAGGGAGCAGAUGACAGCAGGGAUUUACACCAUCAAAUGGUUUCUACAGUGCUUCAUCGAUAGAACCCCCUUCACCCUCACCCUGCGUCUGUGGGACAUUUACAUAAUGGAGGGAGACAAGACGCUGACUGCCAUGGCGUACACGACCCUCAAGUUACACAAGAAGCGCCUGCAGAAGCUCCAGUUAGAGGACCUGAGGGAGUUUAUCCAGGAGCGGCUGGCUACUUCUUUCUUCCUGCCUGACGACGUGGUGGUGGAACAGUUACAGGCUGCCAUGUCCGAGCUAGGCAGUAAAAAGCUGGACCAAUGUCCUCCAGCCAAGUCAGAGGAGCUACCAAAGAAACCUCUGGGUCAAGAGAGACCUGUUGUCCUGCUGCCACUGCAGCCCGACUUGCCUCUGGAGGUCAAAGUGACUCUGCCGCCCCACAGCCAGCCGGAGGCAGAGAGCCAGCAAACAGACAGCGACACCCUGAACCAGAACCCUUAUCCUGCGGAACCCCUGGAUUCAAGAAGCCCCUCCGGUACAAACGCACCUUCAUUGCCUUCGCCUCAGCCAGUUGAAGGCCACACCCAGAGAACACCCUCUCCUAUCAGGCCUUGUAGAGCACCUCCUUUGCCCCCAAAAACAGACAAACCUUGUGCCGAGGUCCGGCUGAACGGAGAUGUGAAGGAGACGCUCCCAGAGCGUAGCCAGACUGAAGACGGAGUAGAACCAGAGAGUGAGCCUGUGGGCCUGGAGACCCAGGAAGAGCCCGUGGAAUGGCCUCCACCCUAUGAACCCCCUGCCCUGGAUACUCUCACCAUGCAGACUGAGGAGAUCAUGGACCUUCCAGAUCUGCCACCUCCACCUUUCUUUUCCCCCGAGCAGCUCGAACAAAGGCCUCUGGAUUGUGAAUCACCCUCUCCCAGGACGGGAACUGGUCCAGACACCCAGUGCAGCUUCCCUUCUCCCCGCUCAGCCUCACCACUGGUCCCUCAAAUGAAGCUGUCUUCAAAACCCCCUUUGUCUCUCGACGUCACACAGAGAAAACCACCUCCUCCUCCAAAGCCUUUCUCCUUCUCCAACCCGAGACUUCCUCCCCCAAAGCCGACCAAGUUCCCAGUCUCACUCUACGUCCCAGCGCACGCGGGCGACAGGCGACCGUCCAACACCUCCCAGUACGACAACCUGUCCGAGGUCGAUGAGGACGACCGCUACCUGGAGAGGCUGCUGGGUUCCACCCCCGAGGAAGUUCCCAGCAUGCUCUGCAAGCCUCCAAAUGCAAUUACCAGAGACUACGACCCUGCUCUCUACCCUCUUCCUCCACCUCCCAUUUUCAUCCCUCCCUCCCCAUCUCCCGUUCCUCUCUCACUGUGCGCCCUCCCCAGUUUGCCACAGGAGCCUGAAUAUGAAGGAGAGGACCGCUGGGUGGAAGACUCCAUCAUCCCCCCUCCUCCGCCGAGCUUUGCUGACAGACUCAACCCCUUCCAGUCUGGCGCCGCCGGCUGCUCGGACACUCACAGGGCCGCCUCGCCCAGUUACUCAAAGCCUUUCUCCAGGGGCCCCAGGGACCAUUCUGCCUUUCCAGCACCGCUCUUGUACACUGGGUCGCCCCCGGGCAACUCCAGGCCCUCGGGAACGUCCGCAGCAGGGGGGAUACCCCUGAUCCGAUCCAGCCCAGACUUUUGCAGGAUGCCUCCGGGUGGACAGCAGCUGCCCAAAUCAGUGACAUUUUGAAGUAAAUGUUAGCGACGAUGCCCGAAUGAUUCGGACUUUCUCUGUAAAUGCUCGAUUCAUUUUCAACGCCACGUACAGAGGUGAAAGGCCAGUAGUUCCUCUGUGUGUCGACCGUUUAUGCGUGUGUGUAUAUAUGUGUGUGAAAGGAUUUGUUUCAAUUAGUAUUUACAGAUUUCUGUGAUACUUGCACCUUUUUGUAUGGGUAGUUAACUUUUCUAAGUGUAUUUAAAACUGCUGUCUGUGUUACAAAAAGUGAGUGUAUAAAGUCGUCUGCUCUGCUUAUUGAGUGUGAAUGCAGAUUGUCAAUUUGAUGGACGGUCGUGAGAAAUGAGGCCUGAUCUUUUUCCUGCUGUGCGUUUCACCAUUUCCUCAUCUGAGGUUGGGUUUUUUUUUGUUCCAACAACACGGUGUCUUAACCAGAUUGCGGUGCACAGAGGGGUAGCAACUCUCAACUCAAAGGGCUUUUUGAGGCUGCAGCAUGAGGUCACCUUUGCUAAAGCACCCAAAGGCCUUUACAUUUCUACUGCACCACAGUGAGCAGGCUCACACGUCUUCAAUGUAUAUCAAACUAUAACGAGAAGCUGUUAUUAUAACAGUUUCUUAAUUGCAUCUUUAGGUCAGUACUUAAUAAAAAAAAAACGACCACUAAUCCAGGUUCCACCAAAGCAGUUUGCAUGCAAACUUUAUAAAAACGAUUACAUAAGUUCUAACCAGCAGCAGCAGGGAAGAUGUGGCGAUAUAUCACUGGUGUAAAUCCUGAAGGAAGCUUCAGGCAGGUAGCAGCGGUACUCUGUGGGUACUCUGCUGCUUUUGUUUCCAUUUUUAUUUCUUUUUUUUUUAAAUAAUUGUUUUGUUGAGAUUUUUCAAAAGAAUUUCAAAGAAAUUGAAUCAGUUUUCAAAAUCUGUUUGUCAGACACUUGGUUUCACAGCAAUAAUGUACCGCUCCAUGCAUGUUGAAUAAGAUGGAAAUAAGAUGAUAUACUGUCAGUGCAAACUGAUUUACAGUGAUCAAUGGCACGUAUUUAUGAAGUGGCGCUCUCUGGUGGUUGGAAGAUUAACAGAAGCUCCUGUAAUGUCUGUUUAUGAAUGUGCACGUUGUAAGCUACACACUUAAGUGUAGGCUCCUUAUCGUCAGAGACUGGGGAAGAGAAUUUAUUGAAUCAAAGUUAAUUAUAUUCAUAUGCACAGCCAUAAUUUAGAGCCAUCGCUGCGACUUUCUCAGUUUAUUUUAAAUGGUGCAGAGCAUAAAUGUUCUUGACAAAUGGAAGUUGAGCCAUACCGUACAAUGUAAGGACCUGAUGGUUAAAACAUGUUUAUAUUGGUGUUUUUGUUUAGUUAUACUGUAUAUUGCAUUAUAUAUAUAUACGGCCUCAACUUCACUUUUGUUGUUUCGUUGUUGUUGUUUUUUUGCACUGACCUUAUUGUUAUUCCCAACAGGUUUUACCAUUCUCUGUAAGUGUCCUGUUGUUUUCUGGUGGAGGUUCAGGUCACUUGAUAAAGAAACAUUAUUCAUUCAGAGAUGUUGACGGAUGUUUAACGGCUUGUUCAUUAACGUCGGCCUGACUGCUGUGAUUCACACCCAAAAGUAUUUUUUAGUCACCUGACCUGACCACUGCUCCUUUUAUGGAUCUGGUUGACACCAGCGAUGUCGUGGGCCUCAGACCAAAGCUUGUGCACAUUUAUGCGUCUACAUGUUUUGAGUUUUAUAAAGAGAUGAACCUUUA